GGGAAGCACAAGCACAAGCACAGGCAACUAACCGAUAAUCCACACUCCGUCCUCUCCGCCGUUUUGGGGCGAGAGGGUAUAACUCCCAGUAGGACAUGAGCCACGAGACUGUUGGUUCGCUCCUGGCCGUCAUCGCCAACUCGCUUAACGAUGGCCUGCGCAUCAUGAUGUUCGCCGACAAGCGGGCCUGGGGGUCCGACGAGUUCGAGCAGCUUCGUCUGCUAGAGGAGACCCUCGAUGAGGCUAAGAAGGACUUCCAGGAACUGCCUGCUCUUGUCAACGGGAGGUACUACUACGAGAACGAUCGUAUAGACGAGUCCCUCGAAGACCUCCGUAUCCUAUGCACGCGCUUCGAGCUGCACACGCAGACCUUUAAAGACUGGGUGCGCCACGGCGGCUCCAUAGACCCGUCCUGGGCCCACGAGACAACCGUCCUCCGACGCGAAUUACACCGCGCUCAGUGCCGCGCCGCCAGACGCAUACACAGCGCACAGCAGAUCGAGACCUCGGCCGAGAGCGUAAGAUGUCUUGGCGCCUUGCAGGUGUACCGCGUGCAAAAAGGGCGCGACGUACGUGUCGAGGACGAGCGGGCUGCGUGCGCGCAGGCAGGUCGCUUCGAGAGGUAUGCGGAGAGAGACGUAGCUUUCGUGUGCGAUUUCUGCGACGGGUUUUUAGUCUGGGAGGACCUGCGCGCGGUCCCGACUACGCGGAUAGCACAGCCUCCCCCGCGCAACGACGAUCUCCCCGCACCCGUUACGAGUACGACGAGAGUUGGCGAGUCCGGCAAUAACAAUAAUAAUAGUAGUAAUAUUCCCGGCGACGGCGAUAACGAGAUCAAUCCCGCCACCGCGAAUUGGCAAGCCCGGGGCAUCGCCCUCUCCAACGGCGAGCAGAAGACGAUAGUAUUCGCGCCCGUGGCCGUGGCAAACCAUGUGCCCCCCGAAAUAGGCGAGUGGCGGUCGCGGAUCCUGUGCCCGCACUGCGACGAGUACUACUACGAGGAACAGGGCGACGGCGACAUGGAGCGCCUGCGGUAUACGCAGGGCCGAGGGUUCGAAAGCGUUGCAGCUUUUCAGGAGCAUCUGGAGUGGAGCCAUGCGUCCAUUGUGCCGAGUACUUCGAACUGCAGAGUUAUGUAAGGGGGAGAGAGGGACAAAGGAAGGGAGGCUAUUUGAAAUCCCAGAUUGGGAGCUUAACUUAAUUACAUGACGGCGUUCGGGGCCUGUGCAUCGAACCAAUUGGGACUUAUUUAUAUAGAUAUCUAAUCCAUCGCAGGUCUAAAAGAACAAAGGCGAGGCGUUCAGGUGUCCAUUGAAAAGGAAGAGAGGGAUCUAUCUAGGUACC